AUGCAAAAACCAAAAAUCAGCAAAAUCAUUGGUGCAAAUUUUGGCAAGCCCUUGCUUCCUAAUGAGGGAACCAAGGCAAGAAAAGGUAUCCAAAGUUGUCUACAGAAAUGUAUUCCGUGUGGAUCAGCUGAAGGCCACAUAAUAGCCAAUUUGACUCUGAAUCCAAGCACAGCUCACCCACAGCUCUACGUAUCCUCUGAUUUGAAAAGCGUGAGAUGGAAAGGCAUGAAUCAGCAAGUGAACCGCAGUCCUCUGAGAUACGACGUUAUGGCCAGCGUCCUAAGCCACGAGAGCUUUAGUUCUGGGAAGCUUUGCUGGGAGGUGGAAGUGGUGGAGGAAGGGGAGUGGUGGGGGGUGGGGAUUGUCAGGGAAUCUGCAAACAGAAAUGGGCUGAUUCUCCUCAACCCUCAAGGAGGUUACUGGGGAGUGCAGCGAAUUAAUGGGAAGUAUGAGUCAAUCACUCAGCCCAGGACAGAUUUGACCUUGUGCCAUUCCCCAAGAAGGAUCCGAGUUUCUCUGGACUAUUCACAAGGCCUCGUAGCCUUUUUUGAUGGUGAUACGAAUGCUGAAAUCUUCACUUUUCCAAAAGCAAAUUUUGCUGGAGAGAAGGUUUACCCAUGGUUCUUGAUCUUUAAGUGGAAUGCACAGCUUCUCGUCCACCCAUGACACAGUGGGACAAAAGAGACCAUCCUGCUGGAAGAACUUCAGACCACCUGCCUUAAUCUCUCUUCUGCUUCUUCUGCUCCUCUCUGCCUUCCUGUACGA